AUGAGGAGCGAGUGCAUCCAUUGGAAAUUAGUGUGCACAGUUUGGACGACGAUGCGAUUUGGAAGAAAGCUAAAAAUCAGACGCUUUCGAAGUUAUGAUGAUAAUCUGAAAGUAAAAUGGGAAACAGUUACGCAAAAUACAAAUCGACAUCAUGAACGGCGGUUAUCGGCGUACGUUCUCACAGCUGAGCUCAUACCAGGUAGUUUGGGAGCCACGAGCAACAAACAGGUGAUGGCUCCCCACAAAGCAUGUGACGAUUAG